UUUAGUCUUAGGGGGGGAAGGAUAUACUGAUUAUAUUAUAUUGUGUAUAAUUACUUCGUGGAAGUACCUUUUUCUGUAUUUUGUUUUAUUUUGUCGUAUUAUAUUUUAUUGUACUAUAUUCUGCUGUGUUCUAUAUAUAUAUAAUCAUCACUAUAUCUCUUCUCUCUUUCCCCUACGGACUAUUCCCUACCCCCUAUCUUCCAUCACACAUCACCACCACAAACCACAAAAUGAAAAUUCCAGCAGUCACCAGCCUCCUGGCUCUAAACGAUGUGCAAAUAGCACAAGCAUCAGAAGGUCACUCAUCAAAUGUAGUAUCUAUGCCAAUUCAUCUUUUAUAUGGAAGUUUGAGUAAAGUCACUACGUCGGUUAUGGUGGGGAGUGCAAAUAAGAAGAUUGGACAGAGUAUUGAGGUUGUGGUUGAUUAUGGGAGUUCGGGAUUUUGGGUAUGUUUUUUUCUGUGCUUUUUUUUGGUUUCUUUUUUGGUUUCCUGGGAGAGGGGAUAUUGGGUACUGGGGCAUUGGGUUUGAUGGAUGUCUUUGCCCAAGAUGGUGGAUGGAUAUACAAGCCCGAAGCCCCCUUAAAUUAUAGGGAGUCUUCGAAUCCAGAUCCAAAUCCAAUAUCACAAAUCACAUAAAUCAUCCAUCACUAUGAACACAAUCUAACAAACCUAGGUAUUCGGUCCCAACGCAACCAUAAACUACGGAUCUCAAUACCUAGGAUUUCAAGGAGCAUGCAACACCACACCACAAUUUUACUACCACACCGAUGACUUCAAAGUUUCCAAUUUCAGCGGUACCUAUUCCUACGGAGGAAAUUCCAAGAUCCUAGACGCGGACAAAGCCGUCAACGAUACAUUGUAUUUCCCAUCCUCCCUUCCAGGCCCCUCAAUCCCCAACAUCAAAGUCGCGCUCGUGUCCUCAGGAACCGUGCGUCAAUAUGUUGCAGACGGAGAUCCAUGUCCAGGACUCUCCUACGAUUAUGGAAUCAUGGGUCUUGCAUCUACUGUGGGGGUAGACUCAGGACCUAACAUCAAAAGCGAAUUAUUAAGCCAAGGACGUAUAUCCUCCUCAAUCGUAUCCAUGUAUUUCGACUCCCCCCCAGCCAAUUCUCCCCCAACCUACAAUUAUACCGGAACUGUUCUCUUUGGCUCCCUACCUCCUUCUUCCUCCUAUACUGGAUCCCCAGUCUCGGUUCCUAUCGUCACACCCGCCGGUGAAGGCGAAUAUUAUAUUUCCCUCCCCACAAUCGCACACGGAAAUACCAGUAUCGCAUUCGAUUACCCAGACACAACAUGUCUAGUCGAUUCCGGCUCAUUAGCACUAUCCCUCCCCUACUCCUCCGACAACACCGAAUUUUUCCAAGCAACAGGUUUCAGCAAUUAUGAUUAUGAUGUUGCGUAUCCAAGUGCAUGUGAAGAUAUCCCCAGGGAUUUAACAUUGGAUUUUACCUUUAAGAAUGCAACUACGAGUACGACGGUUAAACUUCCGUAUAGAUAUCUAGCACGAGGUUCAUCGGGGCCAGGUGGUGUCACGCCAGAGGGCAUGUGUAUUAUGAGUAUUUCGCUGGGAAGUGAGUGUACGUUUGGAGCGCCUUGGUUUUUGGGAUCGAGUGUGGGGGUUGAUGAUGAUGAGAAAGUGGUUUGGAUUGCGCAGGCGAAGUUGUGAGGAGGAAAUUAUAAGGAGACAGUUGUGAGCUAGAGGGUUCCAGUGUAUAAAUAGAAGCAAAGAAGUCAGGCAAAAGAACGGAUGAGUUUUACCCAGGCGAAGUUGUGUGACGAACUUGCGAGGAGAGACUUAUGAAACAAACUCACAACGAAAAACUAUCAAAAACAAGAAAACCUCCCCAUAUAAACAGAAGCAAGCAAAAGCUCAAGUCAAGGCCCUCUCAAAAAAGAACGAUAACUUUCGCAUGAGCCAAGAUCUAUCUUAUUUAUGAUACCUCCUA